AUGAUUCUACAGCACAUGGCGAUAGCCGCCCCUCUGGUGGCCGGAGUCCUCCUCGCGGCUCGCUGCGUGCACCUCCUUAUCUUCCAUCCGCUUGCCAAAGUUCCAGGCCCGAAAUCAUAUGCUCUAACCGACGCCUUCUAUCUAUACUAUCUCGUAAGGGGCCGGUGGCCGGCUAAACUGAAGACGCUACAUGAUGAAUAUGGCCCGACUUUACGCUUCGGGCCCAGCGAUGUUUCCUCGAUCGCUCCCGAGACUUGGAAGACUGUGUACGCCCAUAGGACGCAGCAACAAAAGACCUUUGAGAAGGAUCGGAAAUUCUUUGGCCAGCCGUACCAGGGCGUGGACAACAUCCUUAUCGCCGAUAAAGAGAAUCAUCGGCGUGUUCGCCGCGUACUCGCUCACGCCUUCUCCGAAAAGAGCCUUCAUGAACAGGAAGGUCUUAUUACGAGUUAUAUCAACUUGUUCAUUUCCAAGCUCGCUGAAAAAGCCGCCGCCCACGAACCCGCCGACAUCGUAACUUGGUUCAACUUUUUUACCUUUGACGUAAUCGGCGAUCUAUCCUUCGGAAAGCCUUUCGACUGUUUGGCGAACGGUGCUUACAGCCCCUGGGUGACAAUGGUCUUCGAGGCCAUCGCAAACGAUAUGUUUAAACAGGUCGUGCACCGGUAUCCCAUCCUGAAGAGCGUCAAGUCCUGGGUUGUCCCGGCGAAGCUAGCCAACAGCUUCGCCACCCACGCGCAGCUCAGCCAGAAGAUCGCAUUCGAGCGCAUUGAGCGCGGCAACGUCGGCCGCAAGGACUUUAUGGACUACAUCCUGCGGCACAACGAUGACGAGAAGAAAGGUCUCUCCAAGGUCGAAAUUGCUGUUAACUCCGGUAGUCUUAUCAGUGCUGGAAGCGAGACGACGGCGACCCUGCUCAGCGGUUGCAUGUUUUACCUCCUAACAAAUCGCGACAAGUAUGAGACCUUGGCGCAGGAGAUUCGCAACAGAUACUCAACGGUUGAUUCAAUCAAUAUACACAACGUCAAUGAGCUGCCGUACUUGUCGGCUACUCUCAAAGAGACGUUUAGGAUGUAUCCUCCUGUCCCCGUUGGUCUGCCUCGUGUUGCACCAGAGGGUGGUGAUACUGUCGCUGGGUACUUCAUUCCCGAGAAUACCAGCAUAAGCGUUCCCCAUUUUUGCGCGUACCACAGCGAGUCAAACUUUGCUGAUGCCGAGACAUUCGUGCCCGAGCGCUGGCUCGGCGAUCCACGCUACGACAAUGACAAGCGCGAUGUCCUGCAACCUUUCUCGACUGGUCCGCGAGACUGCCUUGGCAAGAAUCUCGCAUACGCAGAGAUGCGCCUAAUGAUGGUGCACCUGCUGUGGCAUUUUGAUCUGGAGCUCAUGCCAGAGUCACGGAACUGGGCGAAACAGCGCGUCUUCAUUCUCUGGGAGAAGCCUGCUCUGAUGGUGAAGCUCAUGCCUGUGCAGCGAUUUUGA